GCCGUGCCAUUUAUUGUAGGAAUCGGCUGAGCAGGAGAUAGCUGACUGUGUUAUCGUUGCUUUGAAAGUUCGUCCAAUUCAGAAAAUGCCUGUCGAUCUCAGUGGAAAAUGGAAGGUGAAGUCCACCGAUGACAACAUUGAUGAACUGAUGACGAAGCUUGGCUUCCCUGCCGAAGUUAUUGAGUACAUGAAGACCAAGCUCUCUUUCGAAAGCAAGUACACUGGGGACGAUUACGAGACGAAAUACACCACUCCCCAUGGUAAUGUCAAGGUGGUCACGGGAACGAUCGGGAAGCAAGUAGAUGAAAAGGAUUUCAUUGGAAGACCAUACUCGUCCAUGACGAAAUGGGAGGGUGAUAAGUUAGUGACGGAGAUGAGCUUUACUGAUGCUUCAUUGCCGCGUACAAGGGCGACCCGGGAGUUAAAGGGAGACACACUUGUUACGGCAACAACAUUGGUUGAUUCCGGUUUGACUGCUGUGACAGUGUUUGAGAGAUGUUGAUAUGGAUCGGGAUCAUGCUGAGGCGACUGUCAUCAUACCAGCAUCACAUUCAUGAAUCGCAAUUUCACAAUUACAUGUAGUACAUGCGCUAUAGAGGGAAGUGUCCUGAUUGCAUGCAUAUGUUGAAUUGAAUAGAAACGAGCCAUUUGGACUAAAACCACAGUCAUUGACAGUCCCCAUAUAUAGAGAAUACAUUUUCUGUAUUAUCCUGCGAACAGACGUGUCCACUUCGGGAUAUUCCACCAUAAUCCCUUUUUUGUGUUUUAAACUAUUUUAACUGCCGGGAUUUUGCUGAAGUGAUGUUUACAACGAAACUUUGUAGUUGCAGAUGAUGUAACUAAAAUAUAUAAUAGGCCUUUGCAGUUAAACAUUGUGCGCUCUCAUGAAUACUAUACAAAAAGACUUGUAUCGGAAUUUAUGAAAUCAGAUACAUCAUAUAUGACGGUAAAUUCGCUGAAAGAUGCCUGAAAUAAAACCUAUUCUUUUGUAACCAAA